GACACACAAGAUGCUGUUUAGCAGUCACCUUCGAUCUUAAUGUUGUUAGUUUAAAUUUUCAUUAAACAUGGCGGCUUCCAUGCGAUUGUCACGUGCGGUUACUCUACUUUUACGUCGGUCGGAUAAUUUUCGACGAGUUCCUCAACCUACAACUUCUUCGUUACUUGCCAAAUGUCAAACGUCCAAUACUAAUCAUUCUUUGAAUCGCUUUAUAUGUACAACACAAUUCCUUAAGAAUGAACAGCAGACCAAAGCUGUUCCAGAGAAAAGAGAGUUUCAGGCUGAAACUCGAAUGCUCCUGGACAUUGUGGCAAAGUCUCUGUAUUCUGAGAAAGAGGUUUUUGUACGAGAACUGAUAUCCAAUGCCUCUGAUGCAUUGGAAAAGUUUCGCUACCUGUCCCUUAUUGGGACACCCUUGGAAAACAGUCAAAGGCCAUUGGAAAUCAAAAUCACUGCAGAUAAAGAAGCCAAGACAUUGACCAUCCAGGAUGAUGGCAUCGGUAUGAACAAAGAAGAAGUGAUCAACAAUUUGGGAACAAUUGCUAGAUCAGGUUCAAAGGCUUAUAUAGAGCAAUUGAAAAGCAAAGGCGGAGCACCAGACUCGGUAUCGAAUAUCAUCGGUCAAUUUGGUGUCGGCUUUUAUUCGGCAUUUAUGGUCGCCGAUAAAGUUGAUGUGUUUACCAAGUCAUCACAACCUGGCAGCGUAGGAUUGCACUGGAGCUCAGACGGUACUGGAACAUACGAGCUGUCAGAAGAUGACUCAGUUGAAGCUGGAACAAAAAUUGUCAUUCAUCUUAAAAGUGAUUGCACCAACUUUUCUCAGGAAGACUCAAUCAAGGACAUUAUCCAACGAUACAGCAAUUUCGUGGGUAGCCCGAUUUCUGUUAAUGGAACAGUCGUCAAUACAGUUCAGCCAUUGUGGUUGAUGGAACCCAAAGAGGUGACAGCUGUCCAACACGACGAAUUCUACCGGUUCAUUUCCGAUUCUUACGAUCGCCCGCGUUUCAUUCUCCAUUACAAAACCGAUGUUCCUCUCAACGUCCGCGCUCUCAUCUACUUCCCUGAGGGCAAACCUGGGUUGUUUGAAAUGAGUCGAGAAUCCGACGCCGGAUUGGCACUUUAUUGUCGGCGUGUCUUGAUCAAGAACAAAGCCGAGGAUCUUCUCCCCAAAUGGCUUCGAUUCUGCAAAGGUGUAGUUGAUUCGGAAGACAUUCCGCUCAAUCUUAGCCGUGAAUUGCUCCAAGAAGGUGCUCUCAUCCGGAAACUGCGGACAGUGUUGACCAACAGAAUACUUCGAUUCUUGCACGACAAGUCACAAAAGGCCAAGGAAGAAUACGAACGUUUCUACCGUGAUUACGGCAUCUUCCUUAAAGAAGGAAUUCUUUCUUCUACCGAACAAUUGGAAAAGGAAGAGAUUUCCAAACUGUUGAGAUACGAAUCUUCUCAACUACCCCCUGGUGAAAAAGUCAGCAUCGCAGAAUAUUGCAGCCGUAUGAGAGCGGGACAGAGGGAUAUUUAUUAUUUAGCCGCUCCCAGUCGAGCAUUAGCCGAGUCUUCUGCUUACUAUGAGGCAAUGAAGAAGCGAGAUGUUGAAGUCUUAUUUUGUUUUGAGCCCUACGAUGAACUAGUUUUGCUCCAGUUGCGGGAAUUUGAUCGCAAACAAUUGACGUCCGUCGAAAAGGACAUGCGACAAGAUUCGGGUGCGGAUAAAUCCACAGAUGCUGAUGCUGAAAAGACUGGUCUGGAUAGCAAAGCGACUGAAGAGAUCAUCACCUUUUUGUCGGCAACCUUAUCCGGCCGAGCCUCAAAGGUUAAAGUGACUCGCAAAUUGGAAUCCCACCCUUGUGUCGUCACCGUCGAAGAAAUGGGCGCUGCCAGACAUUUUGUCCGCACCCAGUCACAAGCUGUACCUGAAGAACAGCGCUACAAGAUGCUUCAACCACAGCUGGAAAUCAAUCCAAAGCAUCCAAUCAUCACAAAGAUGCACAAGUUGAAAGAUGAGAAUCCAGCUUUGGCAUCUUUGCUUGCUAACCAGCUCUUUGCUAACGCUAUGGUGUCGGCUGGCCUAGUGGACGAUGCCCGGCCUGUUGUUGCCAAUAUGAACGAAUUGUUAACUAUGGCCCUGGAGAAAUACUAAGCAAAACGUGUCCCCCAUUUAGCAGCCAUUGUGUUCUUUCUAGUUACCGUUAAAUAAAGUCAUUUCGUCUUGUAAAAAAAGAAA